GAUUUCUGAAUUAUGAGUUUCCCGGAAGCCCAAAACUGUGACGUAUUGGCAUUCAGUGCCUUGCUUGGAGUUUGCGACUUCCCAUGGUCCGCGUAGGUUCUGCCACUGCUGUCUCUUGUCUGCUUGUUUAUCUGUUUCUUUUCUUAUACGCUAGUACAUAAAUAUCCCAUGGAUCCCCUGUCACCAAAGAAGGCCGAGUACGUGCUGGCGGCCAAAGUCGGCAUCGAGUCUGUUGAUUACAUCGACGACCUUGGUGCGUGAAUACAUGAUGUUCCGUGGAUUCAAUGGCACACUGCAGGCAUUUGAGGAUGACCUAAAGCGCGACCAGGACAAAGGGUUCAAGCCCGACUCUGUCGUCGACGAGCUAUUGACUAUGGCGACAGAGCUCAAAAUCAGUCCCCUGCUGGAGUACUGGCAGUACCUGACCUUUCGGUUCUUUUCACACCUCAGUCCUAAAUACCAGCGCACAACAAGGAUGUUUGAGAAGCGGCUAAUACGCCUGUUCCUGGUGAGCGCGGUGAGAAAAGACCAGCGGCCGGAAAUUCGAAAGUACUUUGACGAGUACGGAGUGAUUCUUGGCCAGCAAGGGGACUGGGUGCCGUGGCUCGGGCUCGAGUACGUGCAGGACCCGGCGAGUCGGCCAGAGUUUGAGGCAUACUUCAGCGAUGACUGGUAUGACAGUCUGAGGACGGCGCUGAGGGAUUUCAUGCAGACCGUGUUUCCUGCUAUGGCGGUGCCGCGAAUCAUGCUGUAUGAAAAGGAGCGUAGGGAAAAGGAGCGGCUAGAAGCAAGAGUCAAGCAACUGGAGGAGCAUUUCGCUGGAGAGACGAAGAUUAAGACGACAGGAGUGCUGGGGAGUCGCUCAGGUGGGCUGGUCGAAAACCACAUAAAGUCGCUGGCGACGUCGGUUAAGAGCCCAAAGUCUGCGGCUGCCACAUUAGCAAACAAAGGCGUCGCUGCCAAGGGGAAGGUGGCAGAUGUCGGUGCAGAGGAGGUUGGGGUAUUGGCAAGCAGCAAUAGUCUCUGUGUACCCAGCUGCGACCCUGGCAGCUACAGCCCGUCAGUUGACUUGGGGAUCGGUGUUAUCCAGGCUAACGAGCCAGCUAGCCUGCUCAAGAUCAGCCAGGAAGACAUCUUUUUAGAGCACAAUUCCCCAGUGACCCUGGCCAAGUUCUCUCCAUCAGGCGAGGUCAUCGCCAGCUACGACGAAGACAUGAUGCUGAAGGUGUGGUCGCCUGAUCCCGAAUCAGUCGCGCCCAAGCUCAAGAACCGCCUUGGCUAUCCGGUUAACGCAAUGGCAUGGGACAACAAGUACACACACCUGCUGUACCUCUACGACGACGAGGGGUAUAUCCAUACACUGAACACCAACACCAACCUAAUGAGCAGACAACUUGCAAAAGAGAAGCGGCACCCUUAUAUAAUAAGCAUGCUGAGCAGCCCGACCAGCUCGUCGCUGCUGACUCUGAGCUCAACCAGUGCCAGGAACGCCUCCGGACGUGUCCCUGCGACUCUGGGACGCCAAUGCUAGCAAGACUGUUGCAUCGAGGCGGCUCUCUACGCCAUCCGACUCGCAGGUUGUGAGCGCGAGCUUCAACCAUAACGGGAACAUGCUGGGCAUUGCUUACAGCACUGGCCAAAU